UGUGAUAGGGCUAAUAGAAGACACCAGGCAAAAAUGAUAAACGUUAUGAACACUGCAUGGAAAAACGAGAAGCCCACAAUAAACUUCACUACCAGACCAUAUAAAAAACCUAGACUUAAUGAACCAUUGUAUGAUGGAAGUAAAACCACAAUCCUACAAUCAGUGUUGCGCCAUUUUGUGACUUUGUGCUCGAACAAUGGAAUGUCAAAGUCUGCAGUGAGCAUGUGUUUGUCAAAUGAAAAAAAAGUACUUCCUCAACCAAACAAGCUACCUAAAAGUUACAAAGAAGCACAUGACAUGGUGAAACACCUUUUGAUACCAACAACAACCUAUCAUUGUUGUGUCAAUGACUGUCAGAUAUUUAGACUUCAACAUUCAGAUGAUAUAAAGUGUGCUGUUUGUGAUGAGGAUAGGUACUUGACCAACUCCCAGAAUCCAAGAAAGACGUUUACCUAUAUGCCCUUAGGUCCUAGACUAGCAAGAUGGUAUGGCACAGACAAUGUCUGUAAACUUCUGUAUUCCAAACAGGAGGUUGCAAAUGGAAAACUAGGGGAUUUUACAGAUGGAUCCAUAUAUCAAUCUUGGUAUGAAGAAGGGGGCGUCUUUGAAAACAUGGAAGAAUCAUUAACCGUUCCAUUAGCUUUAUUUACAGAUGGACUUAACCCGAAUAAAAGUAUGGCUACCCAAAAGUCCAUGUGGCCACUUAUUUUGACAUGGUUAAAUUUGCCUGUAAAUGUUAGACAAAUUCUUGGCCCAAUGAUGCUUGUUGGUAUUAUUCCAGGAACCAAAACAGAAGAACCAAAACAUCUUGAUCCUUAUUUAGAAUUAAUUGUGGAUGAACUAUUGACAUUAUCCGAAUCUAAACUUUUUAACACCUACAAAGGAGCACCCUGCAAAGUUAAAGUGGCACUAUUACAAUAUCAGUGUGAUAUACCAGCAUUUGGCAAGCUGUUACAUGUGUCAAGUCAGGCAGCAUUAAGAGGAUGCCCAUACUGUAGAGAAACUGGGGAAUACUGUAAAAACCUGCACAAAGUCGUCCACUUAAACAACAGAUCAUUUUUACCUACCAACCAUCAUCUACGAUCAGAUACCACAAACUAUGCAUCAAAGAGGGAAGAAUCUUCAACUACUCAGCACAUGUAUACCAACGAAGAAGAGUAUGACGUAAGGAAGCAAUAUGAUGAUCUACCAAACAAAAAUCAGAAAAACAAUAUGCAAAAAAGAACUGGUUUGAAAGGUACAUACAGCUUCAUGAAACUACCAUAUCAUAAGAGAUCAGAACAGAUGCAACCAGAUGGAAUGCACACAAUUGCUGAUGUCAUUGGUAAUGUUUUGGACACUGUUACUGGAAAAGAUGAUUCAAAGAAAGUAAGGCUAUGUGAACAAGAGUUCGAUCGUUUUAAAGACACUUGGGUGAAAGAAAAUACAGAUGUGACAGAAGAGUUAACAGACGAUUCCAGCAAUGAAGUAGUGGGUCAGAAAAGGAAAUCAGUUACUCAGAUAAAUGUGCAGCAGAAAAAGAAAAAGAGUAAUGAUGUUGAACAAUGUGUAUUACCACCUGCUCCUUGGAGGUUAGAUCGUACAGCUCUAGCAGUUGCAGAUAAGAGAGCCAAAAGUUUGCAAUACCCACCAGGUUUUGACUACCACCCAGACAAACAUUUCUCGAAGCCAUGGACACUCAGAACUAUGCAUGGGAAGCUUCAGUUUGUCACGAGCAAUGCUGCUGCUUGGUGUUUGCAUGGUUUGUUAGGACCAGAACAAGAGCGUACAUUGCUGAAGUUGUUUGAAGUAUUGAAAAAGCUUACAAAAGAAGAAUACAAAGUUGCUGAUUUAGAACAGUUACAGGAAGAAACCCACGAAGCUCUUGCUUUGAUUGAAAGAGAUUUCCCUUUAUCCUUACAAACAAUAACCAUGCAUCUUCUACAUCAUAUUCCGGAGGGAUUUCCUAGAUAUGGACCAUUAUAUGGGAGGUGGCUUUUUCCUUAUGAGAGGGUUAACUGUUGGAUUACAAGACAAGUACUCAACAAACACAGAAUUGAAUCUACCGUCAUGGAAACAUAUGCAAUAUAUGACUGGUGUGUAUUUAUGCUCAUGUCAGACAUUGUUGAUACGGAUGAUUUAACACUUGGUAAAUUUGAAGAUAUUUGCAAUUUGAAUGAGCCCAAAAAGGAAACCACGAAGAAGACCCCAAAAUUAUUAGAGGAAAAGAUUCUAGAUGAUAUGUCUGAGGUUUAAGACUUUGCAUUAACUUCAAGAAUGAACAAACAAGGGUUAGCUUUGAAGAGUGUAGAGAAAAAAGUAAAUGGAAAAACCAGUCGAGUUUCCAGCAAUAAACAGUCACCAUCACAUGUUUACCUUGUCAGGAAUUUAAAAGACCACCAUCCCUGUGUGAGGGAAGAAGAUGAUAUGGUCUUUGGUCGUGUGAAAUUGAUUUUCGAACAUGAUUUGCGUGGUAAAAUGUACACUUGGGUACUUCUUGAUUUGUUCAGUGAUGUUGCAUAUACAGAUGGGUUUUGGAACGUUUCAGAACGAGUGAGUUGUUGUAAGCCCUUCCUCCUAGAUGAUAUCA